AUGCAUGUGGUUGACAGGGUAUGUAGCGAAAUCAGCAUGCCUAGCUGUAGAUACAUAAGUGAGGAGGUUUGCAAAAACAGCAGCAGAAACUACAAGAUCGCCAGCCUCACCAUCAUGUCACCAACAACAUUGACUAUUUUGAUAAUAGCCAUGGCAUCCACAAGAAGAAUGAUGGGGCAUGUAAAAGCACUAUGCUCUUCAAUAGGUCGCAAAGAAAUGCUUACAUUUUUCUAUCUUUACUUCGGCGCAACCGCAAUAGAAGCGUUCCUUGUGGGAUUUGGAUAUUCGGCUUCUGAACAAGCACAUCUAUUUCUGACCACCUUGCAAGUGUCACUGUAUACAUCUGCAUUCUUUGUGUUGUUCUUAGGAUGCAUCACGAUUGACAUGUUCAUGGGUGUUUUUGGAAUACGAGUCGCCACGCUGCUGAGAGGCACAACUGCAAUAUACUCAGUAGGCAUGGGCACUGUGGUAUUUGUCAGCUUGAGUGCUUCAAACAAGCAGCUUGCAUCAAUUCCCUUGAUUGUUCUGAAUAUGCUGUUUUUCUCGUUGUAUAUACUUCUUCAGCUGAAGAAGCUCAAGAAAAGAAACGGAGAGGUCUGGGCAUUUGGAACGCUUUUCAUUUCACUAUUAUGCUUCACAAUUGCAAAUGUCUUUCUGUUUGUUGGAUCUGCAAUAAUAGGCAUCGCAACAAACAGAUACUUCGACAACCUGUUUUUCUAUCACUUCUUCAUCCUCUGUACAUUUAUCAUGGCACACAAAUACUGGCUGUCUGUAUACGACUACGAGGUCGAAUCUUUGCGCCUAGAAGCAUAG